GUGAGGAUUUGACAUAGAGCAGCACGCGAUGCUCAACGGACAAUUGUCUGACAUGUGAACACUACCAAUGAUAGAUCAAUGUUUACAUAUAACUAUCAUAUAUAUAUACGUUCUUUAUAAUUCGGACUAGGCGGUUUUUUGUGACGUAGCUUCCGCCUGUGUUAUGAUAUUUGACGCAGGCCGGUAUAAAGGCCCUCACGGAGAGACCAGUCAAUUCAUGAUUAAACGCUAACGUUACAUGACUCACUCGCUAGUUCUCUUGUAGAACUUCAGACGUGCAGGAGUUAAAAUGUGUGAAUGUGUUUCAACUCGGUUAUGGAAUAACGUGUCAAACCUGAAAUCAUGGUUCGUCCUCACAAUCCUCUGUUCAGUGUAUUUUGAAGUCAGAUCGGAGUGUCCUAUGGGUGCCGUAGAGAGCAUGAGGCGCUGUAUACGAACCUCCCUUCCCAACUUUGGACUAGGGCCUCCUGCCGGAGAACCUCCUAAUGCUCUCAGGGAGGGCAUUGACAUGAUGAGGGAGUCGUGUGAACGAAACAGACGUUGGAACUCGAAGCUGGUUGUGGCUGCUGAAUGUAUGCAGAACAUCCUAGAUAGAUGUCGAGGGAUGACCGAGGAGGAACAGCUCUUACAGAGGUUGUUUGACAAAGACGAGAUUGUCAACACUGUCCGCUUCUUCUGUGAUAACCUGCACAUUUAUGAAAGACAUACGAAGUGCAUUAUGGACCAACAUGCGGCCGCCAGCGAGUGCAGUUCGGCGGCCAAAAUGAGCUACACAAUCAAGAUUUCGGCAAACGCCCCCAUCGAUGUUCUCAUUCUGUCCACGUGCACAUUUUUGGAUGAGGCAGCUUCAUGUUUAACUGGAACUGUGGAUCUCAAUUGUGGAAACGAGGCAGCCUCUUUUCUGGAAACCAUUCUUCUGGGAACCCGGCCACCCGCAUGUGGUGAUAAGAUGCCUGUUUAUAGUGUAGAUGGUAAUUCCGGUUCUGAUGAUGCAAACAUCCUGUCAGGAAAAACGAACUGUUUAAUAAUUUCGAUAAUUUUAACCAUCGUUUUUCAAUUAAGACGUAUGUUUUUAUGAUACAUAUUAGAUCUCGGUGAUACCUGUCAUUGAAUUAUACUAACAAAGUUGUGAUAUUUUUGUUUUUGUCACAUGAUCAAAACAAUAAGUCACGUGACAAAAUAAAAAAACAAACUUAUUAUAAGUAUUAAGACAUAUUUACAUGUGUGCAGUUCAGAAACCAAAUAUAAUAUUGUAUAAAUGUCCAAUAUGAAACCAAUGAAUGCUUUUUUUCUGGAAGUGCCCUAACAUUCCACAGUAUCGACGAAGGUCUGCCGGACAGGAGAGGCCACAGGAACCAUGGAGACUAAUUAUUAACUUUCUGUGUUCUUGCAAUUUGUUUGUGUUUACAAUAUAAAUAUGUACAGAGAAAUAGCGUAGUUACUAAACAUUGACUUAGACACAUUCAUUGUAUGGCGGCACAUCAGAGGAUUCCAUGUUAAGACCCAUCAGACAUGUUACAUAAUUGAAAAAAAAAGAACAAUAAUAUUAUUUUUGAAAAUAGAACACUUCGUGUAAUAUUUACCUGGUAUAAAACAAGGUAAUUGGGAAACAAUUAUUGAAAACCAAAAAGCAAAUAAAAGUUUAAAUUUUGACUCGACGAGUAAGAAUUACAAAUUGAUUAUAUAAAAUAAUGGUUCUUAGCAAGAUAUUUCUGUACAUAAAUGUAAAAUGUAUCCAAAUACAUGUAGCAGAAAUAUCCAUGGAUAAAAACAAGACCGACUUCAAUAAAACAUCGUGUUUACAAAGUCGUGUAUACUGUGCCGUCUGUAUAAUAUCUUCCCAUUGAAUUUCAGUAUUCGUAAGAUAUCAAUGCACAAUGUUCACAGAUGUAGAGGAAUAAAUGAAAUUCAUGUACAAGUAUAGGAAGCUAUCAGAUUCUAUCAUUACGCAAUUAAAAAAACCCGGUGUCAUUUUUAUACGAUUUUUUUAUGUUUUAUGUUUUGAAAAGAGUUUUCAAAAUUUAACUAAAUCUGGUGUCAAAAAACAGAUUUAGUGAAUAUUACCAAUAUAAACAAUACAUGUACGAAAUUGUGUAUAGAUUCAUAAGCACGACCAGUCAAGUGUUUGUGACAUUUUGAUGACUGUACGAGAUGUACUUUUAUCAGAUAGAAACACUUCAGUAGUUGUGCUAAAGGAAUAUUCUUACCAAUAUGAAGAAAAUGUUUAGAAAAAUAUAAACGCAAUUUUGCUAAAGCUUAAACCAGAUUAAUCCGGACUAACAAGGUUUUACAUUAGCUGUAGUGUUCACGUAUGUAUGAUUCAUUGAAAUACGAAGAUACAUUUAUUUGACCUUGUUAGUCCCGAUAUUCUGUAGCCCAGACGACUUGAAUAUUCGGAUUACAACCCCUAUUGUAACGGGAUAGGAGAGCAGGUGGUCUCAUAUUACAUAUUUAGAAAAUGAAGUAUGUCACUUUGUGGGCGGUAAGGCCUAAAUAUGUUCUGGGUAUUGCAGUGCAUGCUGGACUGAUAGAAAGCGUGUCGUGUGUGUGUGUAAUUUAGUCGAGAGCUAUGCAAGCAGAGACAGAGAAUCAAUCUAAAAGCUGAAAAAUCCUGUUUUUACCUAUUAAAAUUGUAAUAUGUUCUUUUUGGGAAGUUGCAACUCAUUUAGAUAUUGAUUUUUGUAAAAUCAGAACACAUCGUUAUGAAAUGGGCGAUUGUAUACAGCAAAGAUAUAGGAUGUUCCUUCACUUACAUUUCCCCCAUCUUUGUCAAUAAUUCAUGCAAAUAUUGAUGUAUGUAUACAAAUAUACCGGAUUCAAUUCACUAUACAUAGCGUCCAUGAAAUAAACAGAUACAGAUGUCUUAUGAAAGUUUCACUUUCCAACAACUUUUAUCUCGGAAAUAAGCAAUAUACAAAAAUCAACUUGCAUCAUAAAAUUGUCAAAACACACUCUUAAUGAAUUAGGAAGGACAAUUUCAAUAUUAUACAAGUUAGGAUACUUAAAAUACCUUAUGCAUGUAAAAUCAAUUAAUUUUGUAAUGUUCAUAGCUUUAAAUGCAGUAUAUCCCUUAUGCUAUAUAAGUUAUAGCUCAGGUCCUAUACAAGAUAUCUCUUACAUCAUAAGAUAUCUGAAAUUAUAUAAAAGAUAUAUCUUAUGCUAUGUAAGAUAUCCCUUAUACGAUGAGCGUUUCAAUGUUGAUAAUCUGUCAGUGAAUACAUGUUAAGGCUGGUUUUCAUAGGGUCAUUUCAAAAUAUAAUACACAUUGAAAAUCGUUCUUAUUGUUAUCAUUCCCAACAUUACGCUAUUGUAUUGAAGUACAUUAAACAAAACUGAAAUAUACGGCAAAAGAUAUUUGUUCUUAUUGGCAUAAGAAUCAGAAAAUUAAGAUUUACUGAAGGAUUAUAUUACUAAGGCAGUAUGACACCCGGAGAUAACUCCUGUAUGACAUCAAGGUAAGUAUCCUAACGAGAUUCUCAAGCUGACCCUGAAGCUGACAAAGUUCAAUCGUUCAAUACCAUAUACAUUAUUACAUCGUGACGUUUUUUACAGUUCCGUUAUCACGCGAUCGUUAUUAAAGCCAUUUUGAAAUCUUGGGAAAUCCCACAGUUUCAAACGGAUUUGUCGAUAAAGCUACGUUAAGGGGGAAAUAACUGAAUGAUUUAAAACAAGGAACAUAGAUUUUACGGACUGGAUUUCAUUAUAAAAUUAAAAAAAUAAUCUUUACAAAUGAUACUUACGAAGAUA